GAUCUCCAACCUCCGUGCCCACCUCCCCCUCUUCUUGGCUCUUGCCAAGCUUCCAAGCCACACACAGAGGGGCAUUGGCCUCGUGACCUUUGCCGCGGGCGAGCGAGCGAGCAUGACGCGGGGUGUUGGUCGGGGUGUGUUGGGAACCGUCACGCCGACGAAUGGUAGAUAAGGCGCACGGGCGGUGGCGACUGCCCACUUCUCUCCCACACGCAUUGUCAUCACUGCACUAUCGGUACUACUGCUAUCACUGCUACUCCCACUACCAUCACCGCAACAGACACUACUACCAUGUCCUCCCCCGACCUCAAGGCCCCCGGCUUCCGCAACUGGGUCCGCCGCGUAUCGCACGACAUCCUCGAGCGCCCCGUCGUCCCCGAGCCGCCAAGCGAGGACAUUGACGAGCUCGUGAACAUGGGCUUUCCCCGUAAUCUCGCCCAGCGCCAGCUGCACCUUUCGCGCGGGAACAAGAAGGCGGCGGCCGAGAGCCUCGUGCACUCGGCACACAUGGCCAACGUGAGCGUCAGCUCCAAGGACGCGUGGAACCACCCCGACUGCCCGAUCUGCGUGCGCGAGAGCGAGAACGUGCGUAUCUCCGAGGGCAGGCGCGGCUCCGUCGCCGAGGCGCUCGGCCGCGUGCGCUCGCGCGGAGGUGAUGGCGUCCCCGAGCCCACGGACAGGCGUCGUGGCUCGGUGGGGGCGAUGCUCCGCCGUCCGUCGGUCGCGGCUGCGCUUCAGCGCAUGUCGACGCGCGACGUCAAGUAGGCCCGAGGCGAGGCCGCCGAAGGCGGCCAAGCCGAGGCCGCGGUGCCGCACUGCCAUGAGGCCCCGCCACCCACCCACACCCCAAUUCCAUGCCACGUUACGAGUCCGACAACAGAAGAAGAAUAAGACAAGGAGGACAGCUGAGGGAUUAAUGUCGUAGCGAGCGUGUUGUAGUUGUCCUCUGCAUAAGAUGGCCCGUGCAA